UAAAUUAUUUUAGUGAUUGAGUGUCGUUGUAUUUGCCAAAGAUAUAAAUGUUCAAAAACUUUUGCUAGCACUGAUAUUUGACAAAUGUGGAAAAACAGCUCAUCGAUAAAAAUACACAGCUGUUAUUAUUUUGUUAAAGGAUGUCGAUUGUUAAUACUUCCACCACAUUAAAAUCCCUGGAUAGAGAAUUCCGAGACAAGAUUGGUGCUUUGCAGAUAUGUGCAGAACUGCGAGGAGGCUGGGGUGAAGACACGGUCUUGGAGAUAGAACAGCUAAGCUUAGAAGUUAAGAAGAUGCAAGAGGAUGUUGCCAUGUACAGAAGCAUUGUGGCCACUGCUAAAAAUAAUAUUCAAACUGCACAGGGUCAAAUAGAGCAGAUACAGCAACUCUGUGCACGGCUCACACACAUGACAGAUAAUUUACCAAGCCAUGUGCCGCAUGCCAAUGCCCGUACUUCUCUUCAGAUGUCCACUUCACCCAAUUUGACAGCAAAACAAGCAAAUGCCAACAAAGAAAAUGUACGUCUUCAUGGUCAGGGCAAGGUCUUUACUAAGGUAGCUUCUGGGAAAACACGGCAGAUUCCAGCUAUUGACUAUCUUACUGUUGAGGAAUUUGAAUCUGUUCCUAAGUACAUCCGAGGUCGUCUCCAGUACGAGCAAGUGAAUAAUGCUGUUAAUGAAUUAAAUAAGACCCUGGACAGCAAGUACACUCUCUUGUCACGUCAUAGAUCCAAACUUUCCGAAACAGACUGGAGAAUUGUUAAUAUUUGCAAACGGCAGGAGACCCAAGAAACCAAAGGUUCAUACUUCGUGGUUGAUGAUGACAUCAAACGCUGGAGUGGACUGAAACUGGACACAGCUGGAAGAUCUAUGAUGACAGUGUUGCGUACUCUGAAACGAAUACGAGAAGUAAGGGGUCCAGGCGGCCUUGUUAGAUUUACUGUUAUUUCUUAGGUUAGGAGGGGCCUACAAGUACAAGAAAUGUAUUUUCAACAUUUUCCAUAAAUUUUUCUGAAAAUGUUAUUGUGCAUUGUAAUUUUUUCAUGUGUUAUACAGUAUUUCAUAAAAAUUAGCUUCAAGUUUUGCUUCAUAUAGACUUAACCUUGUACCUGAUUUUGAAACAGCCAUUAAUCUGUUGAAAUUAAUUUUUUAAGAACCAAUUAAGUAUAAUUAAGUUCUUGUGCUACCUGUCUUGAAAGCUUUGUUAUUUCUGUGAAUUUGCCACCUUCAAAUUGGUGGAUUCAGACAGAAUUUAUCUUUGCUACUUCAUGUGCCCUAAUUUUGAGACUUUAAUUUUAAAGACUUUUGAGACUUUAAGUCAAAUUAAAGAAGAUUGACAUGAAGCCCGAAUGGGAAAGUUGUUGUUAUUUGAAGACUUGUGUGACACAAAGACAAUAAAGUAGGCCAUGAAUUGAUAAGAGCAAGGCAAGUACAGUGACCAUUCAUAGAUGACAAGGUAUCUUUCAUGUACCUGCCUUCCAAUAUUGCCUUCAUGGACAACAGUGGUUAACUAGAAUGCUACCCAAGUCAUUAUGGCAGUUAUCAACCAAAGAAAAUCUAAAGAUCUACUUAAAGUUAUGAGUAAAUAUGAAGUUUAAGUGGUAAAUUAAACAAGAAAUACUUUUUUAUUAAAAUGAGUCUUUCCUAUUAUGAAACAUUCAUGUUACUUUAGACAUUUUUUUUAGCUCAUUUAGAUCAAAUAUUUGAUUUGGAAAAUGCAGCACUGUCGUUAUAUUUGCAGGCCAAUGAAGCACAAUGUCACUAUGUGAAGGCUAAGGAAAACUUUCAAUUAAAUUUAUUGGUACUGUGCUGUGCAGUAGCAUUCCUUUUAGAUGAUUUCCCCACAUUGUGUAUUGAAAACUGUCGUACUAUCUUGUUCUCUGCUGAUGCCAUCUCCUUGAGUGCCAUUCAAUCACAUUCUCGGCACUCUCUCUCUCUUUUUAAUCUCUGGAGUUUAAAGUGCUUGUGAAACUUUUUAAGGUUUUGUAUUAAUCACAAAGGUUUUAUUUUUCUCCUUAAAAUACACAAAUUAGGAACUGUUUUUGUACAUAAUGUGAGAUUUUUAAGUGUGUGUCACUCCUUCAAAGAUUACUCUCUGGAGAGAACACGACAUCUAAAAAAUAUUUUUUAUUGAAUGAAGUUUUUACCCCUUAUUAUUAUAUUGCAAAUUAAAUUUGUAUCUUAGGUAUUGUAACUAAUAAUGUUAACUUCCAUGGCUAUUAUCACCGUGAUGAAUUUGUGAGAAUUCUGGAUUAUUUUUGGUAUUGAGUGGUAAUAGUUUUUCUGAGCAAGAGCCCCCUUAAUGGCUCUCCGGAGCUAGAGUCUUGGGUUCACCUAGGUCACUGCUAGUAUGCCAAGCUAUGUGCAGUUUUGAGUCCCCCACCAAGACAAAUAACUUAAACAAUUCUUGCCCUGUAGCAUAGAGGUGGGUUGUCGCCUCUGAUUACAGAAACCCAGUGAUCACUUGGAGGGGGAUGAGUAGUUUUGUGUGUUCUUUGGUGUCAAAAUGAGCAGUUUCUCCUUUGGGCACCAUUCCUUUCUCACCCUCCCAUCCCAAAUCCUUAUCCUGACCCCUUCCAAGUGCUGUAUAGUUGUAAUGGCUUGGUGCUCUACCCUGAUAAUUCCCUCCCUCCUGGUGGUGGAAUAAGGUAUGCUAUCUA